AUCCCAGUCGAGAUCCAUUGCAAAGCACUGCAGAGUGUCCAUCCUCUUCUGUUCUUUCUCACCCCAGGCCUCACUCCCACCCUGCUGUGGCACCUUCCUUCUCUUUUCCCUUCCUCUCCUCCCCCUAGUCCCACCACACCUUGCCUUUGUUCUAUUUUUGCAGGUCAUUUAUCUCCAGGCUUUGAUAUCUGCGUGGGGGGAGCUGUUGCAGCAGCCCAAGCCGCAGGAAUUGCUGAGACAGGAUGACCUGGCAGGGGCUGGUGCUGGCUGCCUGCCUCCUCGUGUUCCCCUCUGCCACAGCAGACUGCCUGUCGCGGUGCUCCUUGUGUGCGGUAAAGACCCAGGAUGGGCCCAAACCCAUCAACCCCCUGAUUUGCUCCCUGCAAUGCCAGGCUGCCCUGCUGCCCUCUGAUGAAUGGGAGAGAUGCCAGAGCUUUCUGUCUUUUUUCACCCCCUCCACCCUUGGGCUCAAUGACAAGGGGGACUUGGGGAGCAAGUCGGUUGGGGAAGGGCCCUACAGUGAGCUGGCCAAGCUCUCUGGGUCCUUCCUGAAGGAGCUGGAGAAAAGCAAGUUUCUCCCAAGUAUCUCAACAGAGAACACUCUGAGCAAGACCUUGGAGGAGAAGCUCAGGGGUCUCUCUGGCGGGUUUGGGGAGGGAGCAGAGUCUGAGCUGAUGAGGGAUGCCCAGCUGAACAAUGGUGCCAUGGAGACUGGCACACUCGAUUUCACUGAGGAGGACCCCAAGGAGCAGGUCAAACGCUAUGGGGGCUUUUUGCGCAAAUACCCCAAGAGGAGCUCAGAGGUGGCUGGGGAGGGGGAUGGUGAUAGCAUGGGCCACGAGGACCUGUACAAACGCUAUGGGGGCUUCUUGCGGCGCAUUCGUCCCAAGCUCAAGUGGGACAACCAGAAGCGCUAUGGCGGUUUUCUCCGGCGCCAGUUCAAGGUGGUGACUCGGUCUCAGGAAGAUCCGAAUGCUUACUCUGGAGAGCUUUUUGAUGCAUAAGCACCUCUCAUUAUGGAGUAGAGUCAGGAGCAUCCCCUGACACCUUUUCAGGUUGGAGUGCACUCAUUCAUCCUCUUGUAUGUGCCCCUUCCCCAUGCUCAGCUCAGCACUGUGUACAAAAUAUCCAAGCCCAGCCUGUCUCUCUCCUGGCUGGGAGUACGGGAUUUCUCUGGGGUCUGUGAUAGGGAAGGGUGGAUGUCCCUUCCCCACAACAGGCUUAAUGCUUGGCUCAGAUGCCUAAACUCUAAAACUACCAGCAGCAGCAGCAGCAGCAGCUUGUGAUUUCAGUCCUUCCAACCUGUUCUCGUGACUCCUCAAUUCCAGGGAACCAGAGCGACCUGUUCUUUGUACCUGUAGGUCUAGGAUCUCCAAACUUAACCAAUCACAUGCCCCUCUCAGAAGAAAUAUGAGCAUGCUCCCUCAUGCAGAUAGUAUACGCAUCAUAAACAAAGAGUAGAGCUUUAACAUAAGAUAAAUAAUCAUACACAGAAAUCCUGACAUUAUAUUCCCAAAUCUCAAAAGAUCUCCUGUGCACCCCACUUUGGGGACGAUGCUUUAGGUACAAAGCUUAAACAUUGCCUUAUAUUGGAUCAGGAACCCUUACAGCAGAGGGUCCAGUCUUCUAGUGGGUUUAAUGUUUAGUUAGUGUACUCUGAGUCUUCAUUGUUCAGAAAAGAACCUCUUGAAGAACUGACUUCCUGAACUCCCAGUCAUGUUGGUACUCCUUACAGAAGCGAGUGAAAACCCCUUUAGGGAAUGAUUGAGAGCAGCCUCUUGAAUGCUUAAAUGAUCAAGGAGGGAGCAAGGCAAA